AUGAGUAAUACUUUUGAAAUGAGUGUGGUUGGUGAACUGACUUUCUUUUUAGGUCUCCAAGUGAAACAAUUUGAUGAUGGGAUUUUCAUAUCUCAAUCAAAAUAUGUAAAGGAGUUAGUUAUGAAAUUUGGUAUGAAAGAUUCAAAGCAUGUGCAAACUCCUAUCAGUACUUCAUCCAAAUUGGAUAGAGACUUUGAUCCUAACAAGGUUGAUCAUUUCUUGUAUAGGAGUAUGAUUGGUAAUUUGUCGUAUUUGGUAGCAACUAGGCCAGAUAUUUCAUUUAGUGUAGGUGUUUGUGCUAGGUAUCUAGCUAAUCCUAGAGAACAAUAUGUUUUUGCAGUCAAGCGAAUUAUUCGAUAUGUCAAUAGUACAUUGAAUUAUGGAUUGCGUUAUUAUUCUGAAUAUAACUCUGAGAUUGCAGGCUAUUCUGAUGCUGAUUGGGCUGGUAACAAGGAUGAUAGAAAAUGUACUUUAGGUGGUUGUUUCUAUGCUGGUACUAAUUUUGUUUCAUGGUAUAGCAAGAAACAAAAUUACAUACCUUUAUCAUUUUGUGAGGCUGAAUACAUUGCUACUGGAAAUCAUUGCACACAAUUGCUUUGGAUGAAAUAG